AAAUACAUGUGUGACAGGCAGUCAUGACAACAGAUUACAUGUUAUUGUUAUCAAUAGCCAGACUUUCGAAAUGUAUUUAUUAUUUACUAAUCUCAUUAAUCUAUCAAUUUGCACAUUUUCCAAAUUAAUAGAAAGUAUUUUCACAGUUGUACGUUAUCUGGAAUCAGCAGGACAAUGAAGUGAGAGGAGGACGCAGUGUUCUCAGACUUUGCCCCACGACGCCAGUAUAAAGACUGCGAUCUGCGCUAGUCCCGUUAUACGCAUCACUCAUGACGCGUAUUACUUUAUGUGCCUUUCUUAUACUCUUACACUGACCUACGAAGUGUCACUAUACUGCGGAGUUGGCUACUGAAGAACAGAGGUUGAAGAUGGAGACCUUUAAUCACAGAUUUAACACAGUAAUUGACUCUUGGAUGGGACCCACGGAUCCUAGGGUACGAGGAUGGCUUCUACUGGAUGACUACAUCCCCACUUUUACCUUCACUGUUUUGUACCUUCUGAUUGUGUGGAUGGGACCGAAAUACAUGAAGAAUAAACAGGCAUACUCCUGCAGAGCUCUGCUAGUUCCGUAUAAUCUCGGCCUGAUGCUUCUAUCACUCUACAUGUUCUAUGAGCUAGUGGUAUCAGCAUAUCAAGGCGGUUACAACUUCUUCUGCCAAAACACUCAUAGCGGAGGAGAGGCUGAUAAUAGGAUGAUGAAUGUCCUGUGGUGGUAUUACUUCUCCAAACUCAUUGAGUUUAUGGAUACUUUCUUUUUCAUCUUGAGGAAAAACAACCAUCAGAUCACUUUCUUGCAUAUUUAUCAUCAUGCCACUAUGCUCAACAUCUGGUGGUUUGUCUUGAACCGGGUGCCAUGUGGCCACUCGUAUUUCGGUGCAACGUUUAACAGUUUCAUUCAUGUGCUAAUGUAUUCGUAUUAUGGCCUGUCUGCUGUCCCAGCCCUGAGACCAUAUCUGUGGUGGAAAAAAUACAUCACUCAAGGGCAGCUGGUCCAGUUUGUCCUGACUAUUUUCCAAACAUCUUGUGCUGUGGUUUGGCCAUGUGGUUUCCCUAUGGGCUGGCUGUACUUCCAGAUCACCUAUACGAUUUCUCUAAUCCUGCUCUUCGCAAACUUCUACAUCAAGACUUAUAAGAGAAAUGGAGGAUUACGAAAAACAGAUUCCUCAAAUGGAUCAAGAAAUGGUUACACUAAUGGGGUGACGCCCAAUGAGAAGGUUAAAAACAGGAAAUCUCAUUCAGAUUGACAGCAGUUUCUUCAAUUGCAACUCUGUCAUUGCUUUCUUUGCUGUGUUACACAGAUGCUAAAGAAGUUUUCCUUAUUAAUUCACUACAAUAUACUAUUUGCACAGCCAAGCCUCUUGUUAUUCAUAUUGAAUCAAAAAUAUUAGGGGGAGAGAGCAUUACAACCAAUAAGGUCCAAGUUACCACAUUUUACAGGCAUUUAGAGUUUUUUUUUAAAUUUAUUACUGUUGAAAGAGGCUAGUCUUAAUAAUGUAAUGAUUUGCACUAGUGCCUUAACCAAGCUUGUUGUUUGUAGAUAUGAGGACAAAAAUAAUGUAUCCGAGCAAUUAACCAAAUAGGACAAUGACACAUUCAUUCAGCAGCAAAGUAUAUACAGUAGUAGACUUGACAAGAGCAUUGACAGAUGAUCAUAUGUUCAUUAAAGGAUAAAAUAGGAAUAGACAACAAAGUGCUUUUUGCUUAAACAUAUAGUAACAUUUUUGUUUGAUUUUAAUUUAGUGGAUAAUUCUAUGUUUAGAUAAAAAUUACUUUUUCAUUUUAUACCUUUUCUUUUGCCUUAUUACUUAUGAUUCUGGCCUUUCAAAACGCAUGAUUUAAUCAUUGAAGGGUGUUAAAACAUACGUGCACACAUGAUGCAUUCAACAGGCUUACGUUCCAACAACUCUUUUACUGUGUUUAACAAAUCAUGUUUAAUAGAUUUCAGUUCAGAAUUAGCAUACAUAGAAUGAGAGAAAGGUAGUGAAUUAUAUCAAAGUAAAACUAGCUGCAGUGUUGUUAAAGCUAGAGAACAUUUUUCUUUUAUCUAGCUCAGCUAGUAAUGAUCUUCUCUGCGAGUUAUGGUAUUUUAUUGGCUCUCUGAGUGUGCCUGUUACACAAGACAUUGUUAGUCAAGUCUUUCAGCAUCACAGUUACCAGAUAGAGGACAGUGUACUGCAGGAGUUGGCAUCAACACUUUUUAAGUCAAAUCCUAGUAUACACAGUGCAAUUGCAGACAAUGGUCCUCUGUCUACUGCAUGGAGACGUCAGGCUUACUUAUAAGAGUCACUUUUAUGCGGUUAAGCCAAUUGAUUAUGUAUUAGACUCAAAGAAAAACAGAACACUCCAGUAUGUACCAAUUCUGAAAUCUUUACAGCAGGUGUUAAAUUGUCAACCCAUCUUGGAUAAAGUGGUAAACUGUACAGAAGGAACAUCAGAAAUACACAAUGAAACACCAGUGUAUAAAUCAUUUUAUGUUGGACUUAAUUUCAAAGAGAAUCCAUUACUUACAGGGGGCUCUGUAAUUUAUUUUACACUACAAGUGGAUGAUUUCGAAAUAUGUAAUCCUCUUGGCACGUCAAAGAGAAAACACAAAUUAUGUAACCUGGAUUUUUGACAGAUUCCACAAGGUUAAUAGCUUGAAAACAAUGAAUGCAAACAAAGGUAUACACACUGAGUUAUUAAUAGCAUUAUGUUAGAACAGAUCUGUCUAUAUUAUACUACAGCAAUAGACAGAUCCGUGCUAACAAAAUGGUGUAAAUAACUGCUUUGUUAUGCUGAAGUUCAUACACUGGUAUGUACUUCAGCAUAACAAAGCUUUAUUAAAGCAUCCCUACCACAGUUUAAACACCUGUGAAAUGUCUAAUGUCUCAUUUGUGCUGUUCUGUCUCACAUGAGCAUGACCCAAUGCAGUUAAGUCAUAGUGCGCACAUACACAGUAUUCAACUCAACUCAACUCAACUUUAUUUAUAUAGCGCUUUUUACAAUUUUCAUUGUUACAAAGCAGCUGUACAUGAGACACAUUGAAUACAAGUAUGAACUCGAAAGCAGCCCCCCCAGCCAGGCAGAUAGUGCAAAACAGUAUGCAAACGGUGGUGAGGAACCCAAAACUCCCAUCGAGAAAAAAACCCUCAGGGGAACCCGGGCCCAACCAGGGGAUUCCAGUUCUCCUCUGGCAAAAGCUGCUGCCUCUGCACAAGCUCAACAGUGCUUGCACAACAAGGCUUAAUAAAAUAUAAAAAUUAAGGAUUUAAGAUUAUCAUUAACAAUCUAAUUGCAUUUUAAAUGUUGUAGGAAAAACAAAGUUGUCGCGUCCUUUAUCCACCUCUAUCCUCUUAGCUCUUUUCAGGUCACCGCUUCCCAUUCUCAGCUCUGCCAUCAGGUCUGGGCAUGAACUGCAUCCUGCGGUAACCUUGGAACAAAGAGACAAGACUGGCUGAGAGUAGAGUACUGUUCUGCACUCUUUGAUGCAACAAGUACAUCAUUUGUUGUUGGAUGUGUUCCUGGUUCCGGCUGAUCUAAAUAAUGCAGCCUAAAUCCUCUGAGGAUUAAUAUUAUGGAGGUAUAGUGUAUGCAAGAUUAAAAAGAUGAGUCUUUAGUCUAGAUUUAAACUGACAGAGUGUGUCUGCCUCCCGGACCGUGCAGGGAAGAAUAUUCCAAAGUUUAGGCGCUAGAUAAGAAAAGGAUCUACCACCUGCACUUGAUUUUGAAAUUCUAGGUAUUACCAACUGACAGGAUGCCUGAGAGCGUAAUGUACGUGGAGGUCUGUAAUACAAUAGAAGUUGUAGACCAUGUAGGGCUUUAUAGGUAAUAAGCAUGAUCUUAAAGUUAAUGCGAUGUUUUAUAGGUAACCAGUGCAAGGUUGACAGAAUCGGGGUUAUAUGCUCAUACUUUUUUGUACGUGUAAGAACUCGAGCUGCCGCGUUUUGAACCAGUUGCAGUUUUUGUAAUAAGCCCGCAGGGCAACCACCUAGAAGUGCAUUACAGUAAUCUAGUCUUGAUGUCAUGAAUGCAUGAAUUAAUUUCUCUGCAUCUGACAGUGACAGCAUAUGACGUAAUUUAGAUAUAUUCUUAAAAUGGAAAAAUGCAAUUUUACAGGUGUUGGCGACAUGGCUUUCAAAUGACAGAGUACUAUCGAAUACAACACCAAGAUUCUAAGCUGAUGACGAGGAUUUUAUGGAGCAUCCGUCAAUCGUUAAGCAGUAUUCUUGGUUGUUACGCAUUGCAGUUUUCGGUCCAGUAAGUAGCACUUCUGUUUUGUCCGAGUUUAGUAGUAAAAAAUUGUUACUCAUCCACAUUUUUAAGUCAGCUAUGCAAUCCUUUAUUCGAUGAAACUGCUGAGUUUCAUUAGGCUUCGCGGAAAUAUAAAGUUGAGUAUCAUCAGCAUAACAGUGAAAGCUAAUUCCGUGUCGCUUUAUUAUAUCUCCUAGAGGUAGCAUGUAUAAAGCGAAGAGCAGAGGCCCCAAGACUGAGCCCUGUGGUACACCGUACUUGACUUGUGAUUUGCGGGACACCUCAUUGUUUAUUGCUACAAAUUGAAAACGGUCGGAUAAAUAAGACUUAAACCAUUUCAAUGCUAUUCCGUUAAUGCCGACGUAAUUUUCGAGUCUAUGUAGAAGUAUGCUAUGGUCAAUGGUGUCAAAUGCAGCACUGAGGACUAGCAGCACCAAUAACGAAAUACAGCCACGGUCAGACGCUAAAAGCAGAUCAUUUGUAACUCUGAUCAAACCAGUCUCUGUACUGUGACAUGCUCGAAAUCCAGACUGGAAUUCAUCAUUAAUGUCAUUCCUUUGGAGGAAGGAGCAUAAUUGAGUUGAAACUACUUUUUCCAGAACUUUAGAUAUAAAAGGUAAAUUCGAUAUAGGCCUGUAAUUCCCUAGUUCUUUAGGGUCGAGUUUUUUUUUUUUUAAAGAGGCCUUAUAACAGCCACCUUAAAUGCUUUAGGCACAUGUCCUAAUGUCAGAGAUGAGUUAAUAAUACUGAGAAGAGGAUCUAUAAUUUCUGGGAGCAUUUCUUUCAGUAGUUUUGUAGGUAUAGGGUCUAGCAUGCAUGUUGUUGAUUUAGAUGAUCUUAUGAUUUUAGACAGUUCAUCGUGAUCUACUGUAGAAAAUAAUUGCAAUUUCUCCUUAGGGGUGCUGUAGUUAGUUUGUUCAGCGGAUUUCACAGUAUUAUAGUAUUAUGCAGUACAUACUAUCAUCUACACUACAGAGUUUGUAGUGAUACAGUUUUUUGUCAUGCAGUUGUCUCCAAAUGCAUUCUGCUCUGGAGCAUGCACUUUAGACUUUCACUCAAGUGGUGAUGUGAAAUUAUAUGAUUUCAUUUCAUUUCAUUUUUGACAUACUGUACAAAUCUGCUGUUACGUUCAUAUUUCAUCUUCUCUCCUAGUGUCAAAAUAUUGUUUCAUGAAGGAAUUAAUUUACUGUAUGCUGUUUUCACUUUUACUUUUUUGAGAGACAGAAAAAAAACUUUCACUGUCUAAUGCAGCAGUUUAAUUCACUCUGUCACCCUUCACUUUGCCUGCUCAUUUAGUUACAAUUUGUUUAAUAUCUUAUUGGAUUAUUGUAAUAUCUAUAUAUGUGGUGAAUGCUCCAAUGCGGUAAAUUCAUUGGUUCUUAAUAUCUUUAUUUAAUUGUACUCUAAUAACACAAACACACAAUAAAAUUAUUACAUCUUU